GAAAUCACAGCCCAGUAUAAAACCCACAGCCAGAAGGAAUUAGACCAGUUCCCUUGAAGGCGUUAGAAAGUCACUUCUCUUAAGUGUUUGUUGUUGGAUCAGCAGGUGACUGAUUGCGUAACGGUGAUGCGCUUAAUCCGAAAGAGAUAAAACGAUAGAAGUUUUCCUACACAUAGAUUCGUGUGGUUCUGUUUGGAAAAAGUCAAAAGGUUUUUAGUUCGGGUUUGUUUUCACGUAAAUAGUUGAACUUUUCUCAGGUUUAGACCUCAGCUGGACAUGGCAGAGGGAGACUUCUACACGAUGGGAAACCGACAGAGGUUUCCCAGGGAUCCGUUUGUAGAAUCGCCGUUCAGAGACCAGUCUCCAUUCAGGGAUCAGCUCUCAUCUCGGUUUAUGGAAGAUGAGUUUGGGAUACCACCUUUCCCCGAUGAUCUCGCCAUGGACUGGCCGGGCUGGGCUCGGCCGGGCCGGUUAGGCACACGCCUCAGUUCCUCGCCCUUCAGCAGCACUUUACGCACAGGUUUCCCCCAGCGCCAGUCCACGGGAGGGCCCCCGAUGUACACCAGCAGGUACGGCGAGCCCUCCUCCCGGAGCUCGCCUACCACCACCGGGGGGGAGCCCUGGAAAGUUUGCGUGAACGUCCACAGCUUCAAACCAGAGGAAUUAAGCGUCAAAACGAGAGACGGAUUUGUAGAAGUGUCAGGGAAACAUGAAGAGAAGCAGGAAGAAGGAGGAAUAGUGACAAAGAAUUUCACAAAGAAGAUACAGAUCCCGAUAGACGUGGACCCUCUGACAGUCUUCGCCUCCCUGUCCCCUGAGGGCGUCCUCAUCAUCGAAGCUCGGCAGACGCCUCCAUAUUACCUCUUCAGCAACGAAGGCUCGCAGGGAGGCAGCAUUCAAGAGGCAGAAGUCCCCAAGCCCCAGGAGGCCACCAUGGUCUAAACCCCCCCACCUUCCCAGCAACAUAACAGUUCAAACAGCACAAAUGAUUUGAAGUUUGAUAUGAAAUUUGUGGCCUUCAGCUUCAUGUCGUUAAACACCUAGAAUUAAAAUGUGUAAAAUAUGGUAGGGAGACAUUCUUUGACAUCCAUAUUAAAGCUGCACCAGGCAAUAUAUUUUUUACACUUUUUACAAGCUGCAAUAGUUUGUCUAAGUGAAGUUCUUCUUCUCUUUCAUUUUAACCUGAGACACAAAUGACAAAUGUCCAGAGGAAGCAUGAGUCUUUAAUGAUUGCAUCAACAUCUAUACAUCCUUUUGUGGAGCAUCCAUAACUUGUUUAUACACAGUUAAUUACAUUUACAUUAGUAUCACAUAUGUGUAAUAAUAUAUAAUACAUCCUUACAGAGUGUUAUGUAAUGUGUUAAUAAUGAAGACAUAUCAAUAUAUAAGAUUGCAAUCAGUGUAUGUUAUAUCAUGAUACCAAGCAUUUUAAUUGUCCUUAAAUCUGCAUAUAACUACAUUAUAGUGUGUUAAAAUGUUUAAUAGAUAAUUUAUUGAUUGAUUAUUUGCCACUAUUUAAAUACGAAAGUCAUUAAAGUGUUACACAAACAGCUCAUGGAGCCCUCAGUGUGUGAACUGUUAAGUGCAGCUUUAACAUUACAUGUGGAUAUGGAUAUAUCCUGAGGUUAUUCUAGAGAUGUUGGGCCACUAAUGCAUUAUAAGUCAUACGCAUUUUCAACCAACCAGUAACUUAAAAUGACACCAUAUGCAAACUUCUCAAGACUCACAUUUAUGUUUGUAUUUAUAUUAACAUCUAAUUUUGUGGUACAGUUGCAUAAAAUCUAUUGUAUAUGAUUUCUUUGGGUAAAAAAGGAAGUGAUUUAGCAAUUUUGACAAAUGUGCCUUUAUUUACUUGAGUGUCUUCCUUCAGUUUGACUGUUAUCUUUCAAGUUAAUGAAUGUCACUUAAACUGACAAGAAACGCAAGUAAGUCACCUCCUGUGGCUUCACUAGGAGGUGAAUUGUGUGCAUUAAUACUGUAUUCUACCAAAGUGUAUUGUAAAUAUACUUUAAUAUGUGACAAUUCAUUCAUAAACAUUAAUCUAAAGUGUUCCAGGUUUUGCAAUAUGGUUUGCAUUUUCUUUUCUAUUUGAGCAUUCAGGAAGAUGGCUGCAUGAUUUUGGUACGGACAGACUGACAUUUUGCCAAAGACGUUUGUUUCCUGCCUUCUUUUCUGUUGAUGUCUUUGUAUUCGCUGAUGCAAUAAAAAUGUCCAGCCAAUCUCCCA